UGCCAAAAUGCCCAGCCAAAGUAAGAUAUCCUUGAAGAACAGCCUAAACAAGUCUGAAUGGACAGGUUGCUUCUCAAGUCCAGGUACUGUGAGACAUCAACACGCUCAAUGGCUGGAUCGGCAUGUCGCGCUCUCCUGGGCCAAGCCGGCGCGGGAGGUCCAAGGCUAGCGCGGACGGCGUGACACAGGUGGUAAAUGUCCUCCGCAAGACGCUGCCAAAUGGGCUACGCCCUGCUGCAUCAUGGUCUCCCAGGACCACGAAAGCAGAGACGGUAAAACGCCAUUCCGCGACUGCAAGUUCGAAGAUCACAACCGUUCAGCUCGCAGGCAGGAAAUCCGUUGCAGCUUCAUCCUUCCUCUUCAACGCCGCGCCAAACUCCCUGAGCGCAGCGACAGAGGCGGCAGUGAAAGACAUUGCUUCUGAGAUCUUGGAGGUGGAGGAUGGGCAUAAUGUGGAUCAGCCCAGCGCGCCACCGGACCCCUGGGCGUCUAGCGAUGACGAGCCCUCGCCCAAGGCUGCGCCGUCGCGGCCCUCUCCACCCGCGCUGCAUGAUGCAGCGCGACAGACGCAACCUGAGCGCGGGCCCCUCGCCAACGCUUCCCUAUCCAGCACUGCCCAAAGCAGCUCGCCGCCGGCCUCGGCUGAACCAGAGGUUGAGCCAGUGGAGCCGCGAGGUUCACGGGGGCGAUCUCCCUCUGCAGCUCGUCUGCACAGGGCGCUCUCGCAAGUGCAGACCUGCGCCUCUCAAGGGAAGUUCGCAGAGGCCAUCCAGGCGAGCUUGCCAGCGCUCCUGGGGCCGCAGGAGGUGGUGGAUAUCAUAGGGAGCCUUUGCGCUGCAUGGCAAGCGAGCAUCAAGAAGCAGAAGCGAGAACAUCAAGAUGCUAUGGAUGCCAUGGCAUCUGAGGUGACCUCGGCGCGGGAGAAAGACUCCCCAGAGGUUUGGCGCCUUCUUGAAGAGAUAGAAGAGAAGGAAGCUGAAGUCUCCGAGGAAAUGCAGCGCCGAGCCCAGCUGGAAGAGCUUGUGAGCAGCUUGGACCAGGAGCUCCAAGCGGCGCAGAACGACCUGCAGGCUGUGCAACAGCGAGCAGAUCAAUGGCGCCGCCUCAAGGACGACAAGGAGAGAGAGCUGUUUGCACAGAUCCGGAAGCGCGAGGACGCGGAAAGGGAGGUGACAUUUCUCCGGCAGUCCGCGUGGCUCGCGGACCGCACAGCCCGGGAGAACGCCACGCUCAAGAAGCAGCUGCAGCUGGCAGAGGCGGCAGCGGCCAAUUGCAAAGCGUCCACGCUCGCAAAGCAAAUUGCAGAGAUGGAGUGCGGCCCUUUGCGGUCUUGUCGCGGCGAUGCACGGCCAGCCCUGAAGAAGAAGCUGAUGAUGAAAUGGCAUCCAGACAAGCAACCUGCUCCGGAGCAUGUGGACUUUGCUACACAGGUGAUGCAAGCUUUGCAGAACCAGCCGGAGUGGAAUUUGUGAGCAACCUCAAAUUCCAGAAGCACCCCCUUAGCUGUGGCGCUUGACCAUCUUAGGGUUUGCCUGUCAGAGUCUGUGUGAGGCUGAGAAUGUCCACGUCACAUGUUCAAACGUACCGUGUUGGCCAUUAAUGAUGUGUGCCAAGCUUCCACGCCGGCCGCCAAAGAAGCGGCUGGUUGUACUGGUUGUCAAAGGCAGGCAUCACGCAGUCCGUCUGCUGGGACAGCUGGUGUGAAUGGAAUGCUGUGGCGAAGACCUUUCUCGCGUGCAAAGCUACCACGCCUGUUGCCAAAGAAGCACUUGGAUGGAAGGCUUAGCGCCAAGCGCGAGAAAGCACCCUAAAAGAUGUCCGUUAG